UUAAUAUAACUAUGGAACUAAAAAAAUGAAUGCUUUGGCUGAUGGUUACGCUCAGCUUUUGCUUCUGAGACCCCAAUAACUACCCAGUAGUGUUUGAUUUUGCAAAUAUAGCUUAUAAUAACUCUUUACCAGGCUUUAAUUAAAGAAUUAAUGCAGCUUUCUAUAAGUGAUAGAGCGCAAUGGGACCAGAAACUGGGAUUCCUUAAAACACAUGAUGAUUUAAGAAUUAGAUUUAAUGGCCAGAUAGAGCAAAAGACAGUUCCUACUUAUGAAUAUUCUGUAAAUGUUUGGGUUUAUUCAUAUACUCGACAUUUUGAUUACGUACUCUUCUGCCUACCAAUAGAGGGACAAUGGAAUAUUUCUGGAACUAUAGUGACAGAAAAUGCUAAUUGCUGCUUAAGAGCUGAUGCUAGCUCAACAACCAAAACUUACAUCUUUGGCUGAUCUCUUGUGAGUGAUCCAACUCAAAAGUGGUCCAGAAAAGUGGUCAGAAGUCAAUCCUUAUUUGCAUGGCAGUUUUAUUCUCUUCAGUACAAAGCUCAAAGUUCAACAUCUUUUGAGCCUUCUUCUGGAGAUUUAACCCUAACAGUUUGGGAUCAGGAUGGUUCUUUAAUAACUGAAUCAAUGACAACUUCUGACACUUUUUAUUUCAUUCCAGAUUUUUACUCAAUAGGACAUAUGGUGGAAGGAGGCUCAGCUGAUUACUUACUGAGAGGAGAUAUCACAAAAAUAUCUAUUUUCAAUGAAUUGAAUAAUGGUGGAGCUGAGCAUCGAAACACCACCAUCGAACGUUUCAAAGACAACUAUAUUGUAAUGUUUGACUUCCAAAGUAGUUCUCAAUAUUUGUAUGAAGAUGUCACCAUGAAAACAGUGGGAACAGAUCCUUCGGGUAAUAACACUACUUAUACUAUCUCAGAAAGCUCUGAGAACUCAAAUAAAAUUAUUCCGACAAGCCUUGGCUGGAUAUUUGGCCCAACAACUAUCUUGGAAACCUCUCUUCUCUCAUACCUAAAGACUCCCCAGUUUAUGGUAGAAGUAGAAGGAUUUUGAUAUGAAGCUGGAUGCCAAUAUGGCAUUGAACUCCAAGAUGAUUCAGGAAAUAGGCUUUCAAAUGCUUUUCAAAUGUCUGAUACUCAAACUACAAUUUCCCCUUCUUAUAGUGCAACUAACUAUCAUUUAAUUGCUCAAAAUUUUACGAAAGUUUAUUUUGGAGGGUUUUCUAACAAUAGUACAAGAUUGGAGAAUUCAAUAAAAAGUACAUACCUCCGGCAGAGCAGUGAUAAUACACCCAACGAGUAUGAAUAUAGGAUUGCUUAUGGUUCCUUGAACCUCCCUGCUAUUGACCAAGUCAAAUUAGUUAUGAACUUUGCAAAGAUGAUUAUAAGCAAAGUUAAAUUUUACAGACAUAAUAAAAGUGGACCUGACGUAUGGGAUGAUACUGAGUUAUAUAAAGAAAUUGAUGACAAAAAAUUUAGCUUUAUGCAAGGAUAUUCAGCAUAUCCUGCUCCAGUCUCUAGCCAGCCAGAUGUAUGAGAAAAGAUUAUGUCUCCAAAUAAUGUAUGUCUUAAGCAAGAUACUAGCUUUAAUUCAAACUGCCAACAAGGAUUCUCCCAAGUGUACAACUUCUGUUCUGACACUUGAGGUGAUGGAAUCAUCCAAACCCCCCAAACAUUAGAAUGAGAUGAUGGAAACCUCAUCAAUGAAGACGGCUGCAACAGCAACUGCAAAAUUGAAACUGGGUAUGCUUGCUCACUCGACUCUCAGAGUAAGUCAAAGUGAAUCAGGUCUUGAGGCGAUGGAGUCAAGCAAUCACUCGAACAGUGAGACGAUGGCAAUGACCAAGAUGGCGAUGGCUGAAACUCACGCUGAUUCAUUGAGAAUGGCUACAAGUGAGACUUCACCAACCCCAAAACUUAUUGAUAUCCAAGCUGAGGAGACCAAGUGCUUGACACUGGAGAACUAUGAGAUGAUGGAAACCUAUAUAAUGGAGAUGGUUGAAGCAAAGCCUGCACUCCAGAAACAGGCUUUAAUUGUGAUAACACUGAAAUGCCGAGCAAGUGAACUCCAUUGUGUGGCAACGGAGUCAAAGAUUCCGGAGAAACUUGAGAUGAUAAGAAUUCAAUGGACUUUGAUGGGUGUGAUAAGAACUGACAAAUUGAAGACUUAUAUAAUUGUGAGUAUAACGCUACUUUAGGCAGAGAUUUGUGAAUGUCUACAUAUUUCCCACCCAUCAUCAAAAAUAACCAACUUAGUUAUCUUACAUCUGAAAUUAAGUUUACCUUUAAUGACACAAUGACUAAGUACAACUUUACAGGUAGUGAAGUAUCGCUUGCUUUUGUAGGGCCUGCCUUUUCAUACAAGAUUUCAUCAAAGCUAUCUUACACUUCUGAUAAUAUUCUUACGCUUAAAUAUUCAGUUUCUCCUUCAAUUAUUGGAGGAUCCAAUGAAGAGUUGCUUGUCACUUUUACAGAAGUUCAGGCCUUUGUGAGCACAAGCUCAAUUCCAAUAUCGAAUCAGUAUGAAUUCAGAUACAAGUUUGACGUUCUGCCAUCAUCAGAAACAGCCAAAGGAGUUUCAUCAAUAGCUUUGAUUACAUUAAUACUUUCUUUUAUUCUUUCAGUAGGUCUCAGUGUUAUUACUGGAGACUCAAUGGAGCAAAUGUGGAUCUUCACUAAUACAAUGCAAAUAUUGUCUUUUGCUAAUCUUCUCCAAAUAAAUUUUCCUUCAAAUUUGAGAGCAGCUCUUAAGUUUAUGAAAUAUUCUAACCUUGAGAAUCCUUUGACGACUAUGCUAUCUGAAUGGAUAUCUACAAUGUUAAGCUACAAGUCUGAUCGAGAUUAUACAGAAUUUUCAGGAUUUGGAUUAAACAGCUCAAAAAUACUAUUCAAUUCUCUUGAUAAAAUCUUAAUGAUUCUUGCAAUAAUUUUAUGAGCAAUUCUCCUUUAUUUCCUCUCUAAAAUAGCUGAGGGUAAAGAUAACUGUUUUUGGAGAUUAAUCAUAAAAUUUGAGAAAUCUUAUAGGUAUGAGUCAUGCACUCGCUUCAUUGUUGAAAUAUCAAUGGUACUGUCUACAUCUAUUUUUAUCAACAUGCUAUUUGGAGGAUCCAGAGAAUGGUUAGAAAUUAUUUCUUAUAUAACCUCAAUAAUAUUCUUCAUUAUGCUCUGAAGUGUAUGAUUAUAUUCCUUUGUAUUUCCUCUUCACUAUUUUGAAGAUAUACAAACAUACCCAGACAAGUUUGAAAGACACUGAAUGCUAUUCUUGGAAUUCAAACGAACCAAUCCAAACUAUUUACUGUACUACUACACUUUUCUGAUGAGGCGCAUGCUCCUGGCUGCUACAAUUACAACUCUCCACCAAAAAGUAAUUUGCCAACUUGCCUGUGUGCUUAUACUACUAUAUUGGAACCUAAGAUAUCAACUGAAGUAUCAGCCUUUCUCCAAAACUUCAAAUAACUUGCUUAGUGUUGCGAAUGAAAUCUUCCUAAUAUUCUUCACAGUUGCUCUAGUAGUCGUGAAAUACAGAGAGAACUCUAACAUCACUCUUGUAGGAUAUGUUACAAUUGGACUACUCAUUGUGUUCUUCUGACUGAAUUUGACAGUUAUCAUUACCCUCAAGCUUUUAGAGAUGUUUAAUAUGUGCAAGAAGAAAACCAAGAGAGUCAAGAAUAAUAGAGACAUGAACACCAUGCAUUGCGAAGGAAAUAGGAAUAUAAACAAGGGUUCUUCAAAAAUUAUAAAAACCCAAAAGACAGGUAGAGGGAAAAGUCAUAAUGUGGAUGCAGAAUCUUACGCAGCUAAGUUUGAGAGAGAGGUAUCUGUGUUUAGGAUCCCUCGCCAAGAAUAAAAACCAGUCUUAAUUAUUAAGCCAU